AUGCGUUUCGCUAUUCCUUUCGUUACCCUUGCCGUUUCUCUCAGCGCCGUCAAAGCUAUACCUCUUGUGGAGCGCAGGGUUGAGCAAGGCCUCGCUGUUCGCGCCGACGCGACUGAUGUUGAUUCUUUGGUUCAAUCGCUCUUGCCAGAAAUCGAGAAUCUGAUUGAGUCGAAACUUUCUUCGCUCAUACCCCGUGCUGCUGACGAAGCCGUUGACGAUGAAACGACUGAUGAUGAGGCUGAAGACGACGCUGAAGACGACUCGGGAGACGAUGCUCAACUUGGUGCUGUAGACAAUGCUGCAGCCUCAUCGAACAGCACUGCUUCUGCUACGGCCGACUCUUCAAAUGCUUCGGGCGUUGAGGGCGCUCUAGAGAAACUCCUUGGACCCCUUCUUCAAGGUCUAGAGGGCAAAGUUGAGGGCGCCAUCCAAUCCAAACUGGGAGGUCUUUUCGGAGGGAAACUCGCAGACCUGUUUGGUGGAAAGAAGGCGGACGCGGCGGUCUCUGCUCGUCAAGACAACACCGGUCUGGGUGGAAUUCUCGAAGGUCUCAUCCAAAAAAUCCUCCCGACAAUCGAGAGCAAGAUCGAGGAUCUUUUGAAUCAGAAACUCGGCGGACUUUUGGGUGACAGCGCUGCCGCACCUGCCGCAACGACUCCCGAGCGCCGUGAUGGUGUACCCGACCUCAGCGGCAUAUUCCAGCAACUUUCGUCUAGCAUUCUGCCCGCCAUUGAGUCGAAAAUCGACGACCUCAUCACCUCCAAGCUCCAGGGUCUCUUGGGCAGUGGCAGCAUUGGACGUCGUUGA